GACGGGCAGAGGCGGCGGCGGCGGCAGUGGGCAGUGCCCAGCACUGCCCUGGCGGCCCAUGGGCUCCACGCGGGUGAUCGCGAAGGAGCUGUGUGAGAACGACGACCCUGCGCCACAGCCUGGUGAUUCGACUCCUAUCGGACUUAGGACCCACAAGAUGACACCGUCAGCGCUCCCCGCCAUCCGGAGGCAGCACCACCUGCGGGAGGCGGUGGAGGCGUUCCGCCGGCGCCGGGACCUGGACGCCGCCUACCGCGCCCUCCUACUGGGCGAAUGGGCCGGCUCCUACUUCAAGAGCCGCAGCCGCCAGCAGGAGACGGCACUGAAAACCCACAUACUCCGCUACCUCCGCAUCUUUCUCCCGGAGAGCGGCUUCACCAUCCUGCCGUGCAGCCGCUACUCCCUGGAGACCAACGGCGCCCGGGUGGUGUCUACGAAGUCCUGGAGGAAGAACGACAAGCUGGAGCUGCUGGUGGGCUGCAUCGCUGAGCUGACGGAGCCGGACGAGAGCCUGUUGCGAGCCGGGGAGAACGACUUCAGCAUCAUGUACUCCACGCGCAAGCAAUGCGCCCAGCUCUGGCUGGGCCCCGCCGCCUUCAUCAACCACGACUGCAGGCCAAACUGCAAGUUCGUCCCAACGGAGGGGAACACGGCCUGCGUCAAGGUACUCAGGGACAUCGAGCCGGACGACGAGAUCACCUGCUUCUAUGGCGAUGGCUUUUUCGGGGAGAACAACGAGCUGUGUGAAUGCCGCACCUGUGAGAGGAAGGGGGAAGGCGCCUUCGCUUGGGGAAGGCCCCUCGCAAUCUACCUCACCCAGAAGAAAUACCUGCUCCGGGAGACGGAUGGGCGCUGCAGGCUGGAAGGGGCGGGUCCUGGCAAACAGGGGAGCAACCAGAGCAAUGAGGCGGCGGCGAGGGUCCGGCACAGGAGGAGCGUGGCGCGCCUCCCGGCUCCAGAGCUCUGGGCCGCGGGCCGCCUCCUUCAUCUCGCGCUCUGGGCCCGGGCCGGGAGGACCUGCGCAUCUCCCCUGCACGACUGCGUGGCCUGCCGGGCCGCGGGGGAGCCGGCUGUCGGCUGCGGAAAGCCGCUCUGGUCACCCUGCUGUGCGCCCCAGGGCCAGGCAGCUUUCCUACGCCGCCUGGCACGUCGGCCUCACGUCGCUCCCUGCGCAGACCGCCGCCGGGCGCAGCGGGAGACAGCUGCUGUAACGCCGCCGCCCUGGUGUCCGUGGCCCAACGCCGCCCCGCAACGACCUACGUGGAGCUGGGGGGGAAGGUUGCCAAGAGGGCCUGGCAGGGCAGGGCUCUGGGGGCGGAAUCCCCCUGGCGGGGAGCUGCACGCGUCAGAGCCCUGGGAGCCGCCUCAGACAGAGGCCCGCAGGAGACUUCGGUCCGUAGCAGCAGGCCUCGGCAGAGUUCUGCAGCUCGGGCUGGGGUCACGGGGGCCCCGCUGGGGAGCUCUGGAGCUCCAUGGCUGGGGACACGUGCGGCUCCGCGUGCUGGGGACACAACAGCUCCGCGCCAGGGACUCAGGCUCCCCUGGGGAGCCUGGAGCCUCCGUGCUGGGGACACGCGGCUCCGCGCUGGGGACUCAGGGCCCCCUGGGGGAGCUCUGGAGCUCCAUGCUGGGGUCACGUGGCUCCGUGCUGGGGACUCAGCUCCGUGCUGGGGACUCAGAGCCCUCUGCUGGACAGACACAGCUCCGUGCCGGGGACUCGGGGCCCCCUGCUGGAGGGACACAGCUCUGCGCUGAGGACUCAGGGCCCCCUGCUGGGGGGACACAGCUCUGCACUGGGGACUCUGAGCCCCCUGGUGGAGGCCUGGAGCUCCGCGCUGGGGACUCGGGGCCCCCUGCUGGGGACACGCAGCUCCAUGCUGGGGACUUGGGGCCCCCUGGGGGAGCUCUGGAGCUCUGUGCCCCUGCUCCACAGCCCCCCAGCCAGCUGGUCUGUCGGACCAGGAGCAUGGCCUGGAGGCAGGCCAAGGCCACACUCCCUGCCAGGCCCCACCCCCCGAGCCACUGGCGGCCGGCCAGCAAGGCGCUCCUGGGCAGAGACGACCCCAAGCUCUCCCUCUACGCCCACGUCCGCCUGGAGCCAGUGAGGCCGCGCUGGGCGGAGCAGGAGGAGCCCAAACGGACGGUGACCUUUCACCCUUUUGCCCCCCCAAAACGCCUGCGGCUGGUGGUGAGCCAUGGCUCUAUCGACCUCGAUGUUGCCUCCAGUGAGGAGUCGGCCUGAGGCUCUGGGGCCAGGAGGGGCUCAGCUCCCUCCACAGCUCGCUGACCGCACCCCCCCCCCCCCGCCCAUGAGAUUGCACUGAGCGCUCCCCACCUACCCCAUUGGACAGAGCUUUCCCGGAGCUCCUCCCAUGGCGGGGCCCCGGGUAGAACCGGGCCCUUCAGGGGUUAUUUAUAGUCAGUUGGACAGGAGGCCCCAGGCCUGAUAAGGGGUGUGGAUGCGAACAGGUUUCUGGGACGUGGGGCCUUUCCCCUCUAGGGGGCGCUGGCCCGGCUCUGGCCCCAGGGCGGGGACUGGCUGGCUCAUGGGG